CACACUCACCAGCCAACUCAUGGAGAGAGAGAGAGAGGCGCCUAUAGGUUUCCUAAACUUCUUCCUUUGACAGCAGAAUAUAAUAUAGUUGAAUAGAGAUAUUAUUCAGUACCAACACAGUGUGAUCAUGCAGUACCAACACAGUGCGCCUUCAGCCAUGGGUGUUCCUCUUUACGCGCCGACCCCUAUCCAGCCCGUCCACCCAACUCCUUUCUACAUCGAAGACAUCCUGGGGAGAAAUGAGACCCCGACCCAGUCUUCAGCGGUGGUCUCCACGCCAAAUCUACCGUCACCCAAUUCAUCCUUCACCAGUUUGGUCUCUCCUUACCGGACCCCCAUCUAUGAACCGACACCGAUCCACCCUGCGUUCUCUCACCACGCUGCGCUCACCGCCACGUAUGCCUCCGGGGCUUUCGCUAAUUCCCUGUAUCCAUUCCAGCGGUCUGUUGGGGACUAUACUCUGAUCAGACACGACCCGCUUGGGAAACAACUUCUAUGGAGCCCGUUCAUUCAGCGUCCACUGCACAAGAGAAAAGGUGGACAAGUCCGAUUCUCCAACGACCAGACAAUAGAGCUGGAAAAGAAGUUUGAGACGCAGAAAUACCUUUCACCACCCGAACGAAAACGACUGGCUAAAAUGUUGCAACUGAGUGAACGACAGGUGAAGACGUGGUUCCAAAAUCGAAGAGCCAAGUGGAGGCGACUGAAGCAGGAGAACCCUACCGGAAGUAAGACAGAUCUGGAGGACGAUAGCACCGGGAGAAACUGCGAGGAGGGACCGGAGUCCGGUGUGAGCCUCAGUCCGGGCCGGGACCAGAGGUGUAGGGCUACAGAGAUGACGCACACUCACAGUCGGUUGCAGUGUUCCACGUCGCCUCUGUCACAAGGACAAAUAGAGUCCGACGUUUCAGAUGAUACAGACCAAGAGCUGGACAUAGAGGAUGACAUGGAGUUCCCACUGAAUCCACCGAUAUGAAGUCAUCAGAUCACUGUUUACUACAGGUCAAUCUGGACGUUGUCCCACUGGGUGACUGACGGCCCGGGAGGAGGACCAAUAGCCCGUUCAGUAAACAUUGUUGUAGCAUCUUUCUGGGACACAGAUUUGGUUUUGUAUAUAAAUACCUGUAUAUUUUGUGAUGUUGUUUUAUUGUCAAUUUGAGUUUUUUUUUAAUAAAAAUUAAUUGAGCAAAAAAUGAGCGUCGGAACGGUUAGGCCUAGAAACGACAUGUUUAGCUCGAGGACGCCAACAAACCUCACUGGACGUGAACGUAAGCAUUUCACGGUACUCAUGUGACAUAUACAAUUUGAUUUGAAGAUCCCCUCGUACCGGUUAAAAACACGAAAGGACGUAUGUGGAAGUAGUUUAUUGACAUUUUUUUGUUGUUAAAUUUUGGUACAAAUAUUAAAAUAAAAUCCCGAUCUUUCUUAUACCUCUCAGAUAUAGAGGACAGACACUUUAAAACAAACUUCAUUUUGAUGCAUUUUUUGUUGUCGACUAAAUCAAAAAGCUAAAUCUUUCUUGGUAUGACCAUCUUAAAACAAUUCCAUAUGUUAGUUUAGUAGAACUCUUUUGAAAUACACUCUUAAUUAAACGAACGA